AUGUCUCAGUGUCAAAAAGGAAUCUCAUUGCUGUUUCACCACGCAGGCUACUAUGAGAUAGCACGCAGCACAAUGGAACAGCUGACGGCUUCCGACGUUGGCGCCCUCUUAGCUUCACUUCGGAUUACACCAGCCCAGGAUACACCACUACGAGACUUUGACCAUACCAUGCGACUGUUUGAGCCUUGGUUCCAGGACAAAUGCCAGAUCCUGAUCAUCGGCCCGGACACCAUUCGAUUGAGCGACCGAAUCUUCAAGGCAGAUAAGUACUACAAGGGGAAGCGCCGAAGUCAAACUCAGCUGGAGGUGUGGAUUUUUGCGAUCCCUGCCAACUUUAAAAAGAGUGUUGAGGACGUCCAACGCCUCAGGCACCGUUCUCAUGCCUCCUCGUUAUUUUCUAUGCAGGAGCGCGCAGAAGCAUGGAUUGCUGGACAAGAGCUUCUUGAUAACAGUCUUAUCAGACAGAUCAGUCAUACAGAGCCCCAACCAAGCAAAGUAUCUGGAGAGUACCUAGAUGUCAAAGUUUUUGAUCUUUUUCACACGACCACACAUCGUCAUCUGCACACAACACAUCUAAUUGGGCUUGAAUUUGCGGGAAUGGAAUUUGGUACAGACGCGCUCGAAAUCAGUUUCACCUUUUUACUCUCUUCAAUUAUUCCUUGA